GUCAGCCACCGUAUUUACUGUCCAAUAACUAUUUUUGGCCCUGAAUGCUUCGACUUAACCCCCUUCUUUCCCUGGAUCUUUUCCAAAUCUCUUGAACCUUACUACCUCUUUUGCUAUCAUAGUAUUCUUUUUAGACAUGAUCGCUCUUGAAAUACAUAUUUCAAGUCCUCACCAAUCCACCUCUGGCUCAUUGAAGACCUUCGCUAUGAGGCCUGGCUGGGUGAUAUGUACCUCAAGUUUAUGGAAAAAUUUGGGCAUUCACGAAUUCUUAUUAGUCAUUGAACAUAAGGUUCAUGUAGAUAAAGCUCUUCUGUGUACCGCAAUCCAUUUAUGGGACGUGGUUACCAGCUCAUUUCAUUUUAGGAUUGGGUUCAUGAGUUCCACUCUCCAAGACUUGGCCUUUAUACUUGCGAUGCAACUAGAUAGCCCCGAAGCCAACAAUGCCAUGGAAGCUCCAAAAGAAGAAGAUAAGAGAACUAAACUUGCUUCAAGACUAAAAAAACUCAAGGCAAAAAUGGAGUCUUCCUUGGAUGGUAAAACUAAUGAGAAGAAGAUCAUUAAUAACUUGAAGAGCCAAAUCAUCGAUCUCCAAACUGAGGUAAGGAUUCUUGAAAAGUCAUUGGCUGGUAUCCUUUACAAUAAUACUGCCACACUCAGAGACUUUGAAAAUGUUUAUGCCAAGGUGCUUGAACGUGAUGACAAGGUUCCUGUCCUUACUGAUGAGAGAGCCUACAUUGAAGUUACUACUACGGCCUCCAUUGUAUCUUGGAAUAAAUUAAAAAAGAUAUGUGAUGAGUUGACUAUCCCUUCUGAAGAGCUUGUCCCCCUAUUACACAUAUGCCAAUAGAAGAUGUGUCAUUGGCUAGUGAUGAACUCAUUGAGGAGGCUCCUACUAAAAAUGCACCUCCUACUGUUAACAACCCCUGAACAAUCUCUGGAUCUGUUUGGACUUUUGUUGUUGGAACUAUUUAUUUUGGGAUUUUAUGGUGGUGUUUUUAUUUUUUUUCGUGCAUGUUUAUACUACUUUUUUGGAUAUUUGAGAAAUUUUUUUG